AUGACUGCUGACGGCUCAGUUGAUGCCUAUCUCAGAAGCUUGGAGACCCAAGUGGAAAACAAGCAAUAUUUUUUGAACCAGGCAAAUGAAACAAUAAAGAAUCUGAGCAAAGCAGACAAAUCGCAGAAUUUGCAGAACGACGGCAAGUUUAGGGAGUUGAUGAAGAAGCCCAUGGUUUUUACAGAACGUUCUGAUCCACUUGGGGUCAGUUUGGUUAGUACUAGUUUACGUUUGCGGAAGGAUAGUUCCAAUGACUGGAUUUCCUUGAAUACGGAGUAUAAUAAGAAUAUCAGGUCUAUGAUCGAGACGCAGAAGAAGGUUAACAGAGAUCUAGAGGUUCUAGUCAAUUUAUUCGAAAAGGGUUCAACCGGCAAGGGGACGUCUCUUGCAGUGAGACCAUCGUUAGUGGAAGAAAACAAUGCUUUAUGGGCAAGACUGGAAACUAUGCUGAAAGAGACGCUAUUUAAGCAAGGGAACCACGUAGAAUCUGUGUACAGUCUUUUCAAGAGGCUUGUUAAGUCAGACCCCAGUGUAAGACAGCAGGAUUUCCAAGAAUCUGACGAUUCAAAAAAGAUGUUUAGAUUACUGUUAAAGGCUGAUUUGAUCGAGAUUGACGAAACCAGCGAUACAGUCAGACUCAUCAAUUUCACGGACGAUGGAUUUUAA